CCCAGUGGAUGCGAUGCCUUUUCCCAAGCCAGCCACUGAUAAGCCACUGAUUCGGUGCAGGCUCCAGCCCCAGCUCUGGGGGCUCUGGGGGUAUAAAAGCUUUGCUGGCGAUCGGCAUCAGUUGCCUGCCUGCCGUGCACCAAAUCUUCACUAAUCCACAAUGAAAUUCCUCUCGCUUGCCUUUGUCCUGGGCCUGAUGGCGGCUCUGGUUAACGCCACGCCACUGAACCCCGGAAAUGUCAUCAUCAACGGCGACUGCCGCACGUGCAAUGUGAGGGCUUAAGGUAGACGGAAGACGGAAGGAUCGCUACAAUCGGCCACAACACACCGCCACAUAAUAUAAUGUCUUAAGCCUUAAACUGAAUUUCUAAACGAAUAAAAUAUAUUUUAAAA